UUUGAUAUUCACUCAUUUGCACAUCUAUACAUAUCCUUCAUCUCCAUCGCAUUCCAUAUCCCAUACCCGUUCAUCACCCAACUCCUGGAUAUGCCCCCGGCUCAACUGUCUAACUCUUUUAUUUACCUUACCGCCCUUUUCAAACCGGCCCUCCUACGACCGCACCUUCGAGUUCCUAGUAUUGCCAACGUUGAUUUCAAAGCUUUGAAAAAGGAAGGUUACAAUGCCGUAGUGAUCGAUAAAGACAACUGCCUGACUUUACCGCAUAAGGAUGACAUAUACCCACCUUACCAAAAAGCAUGGACAGAUCUGUUAUCCACUUUUCGUCCAGGUAGAGUCCUUGUAGUUUCCAACUCUGCUGGCACAACGAAAGAUCCUGGCGGUAUAGCUGCUGAGGCUGUUUCACUUUCAUUGCGUGCCCCGGUGCUGCUUCAUCACAUACCAAAGCCCGGGUGUUCGGCGAAUAUUUUAUCUUAUUUCUGCGGGAAGCUUGGCCAACCCACUACCUUACGUCACGAUAUUGCCUCAGCAGGUUUCAAGCUUUGGAAAGCAGAGAAACUGGAUGAGAAAACUCUGUGGGGAAAAUGGGAAAAUGAGGUCGAAGGUCCUUUAUUAGGCGGGUCGAGGCGAGAACAAGAAGGGGAUGAAGAUACAGAUGGAGAAAAGGUGGCCAAAGGUCAAAAAGUUAUCCCACCGAUAAGCUCCACAGACAGGGCACAUACCUUGAGCAAGGAGACUUUGACAGCGGAGGAUCUCAGAUUACUCGUCAUUGGCGACCGUUUGUUCACAGAUACACUUCUUGCAGACCGACUUUCUCGGCAUUUACCCCCCCUUUCAGCCGCAAUUCCCGAUGUCCCUUCCAUCCCUAGAGUUCUCUCCAUUUAUACGACUUCUCUCCCACAACCGCGAGAUGUUCGUCUGCUUCGAUGGCUAGAAGAGAAAUUUUCUCAAGGGAAAACGAAAGGAGACUAUAGCAAAUUUAUUACUGAAGAAAAUGUCUUGUCAUCGGCCGCAGAUGUAUCAACUACGGUGCCAUCAAUAUGGAAAGUUCUGCAAUGGUUCACACCGGCAAGGUGGAGAGAAAUCAAUGUUCCCUAUUUGACCUGGAACCCGAGGAGCUGGAAGCCUUUACCAUUGGCUGUUGCUUUUGGCAAGAUGACAGGAAGGGUAGGAAUGUUGAUAUGGAGAUAUACAAGGCAGGGAGGCCAGCUGGGAUGGAGUAAGGGAAAACAGUGGUUCGCAGAACGAAAAGAGCAAUCGAGGAAACUUGCAGUGGCGAAGGAACUCGAAUCAAGUGUGUCGAGGGAGCCCUUCUCGAAAGACGAGAGAGUAACAACGUCUGUAGCAUAGGCGAUGUCGUAGAAAGACACUUAUAUGAAAUACGAA